AUCAACUCCUGGAGAAGUGUGACUGGACUCCGCCUCAGCCAAUCAGAUCGCCGCAUUUCUCACCAACAACAAACAAAAGAUCGGACUUCUUCUGUCGAUGUCUCGGAAUUAUAUUGUAGAUAGAGAUAGCGGGAGAUCGUGGUUUGGGGGGUUUCGUUUGUUCACCUUUGUGCAUCGUCUUCGCUUCACUAACCUAGUCUUCUAGUAGGAGAGCUGUUUGUGCCUUGAUCUCGAAAAAGCUAGCCAGCUAGCUAAACCCCCUUCGAUAAAAAGCGAAAAAAAAAAAAAAAAAAAACAGGAUCAGUUGGCGUUUUGUGACAUCAUAUAGAGGACAUCGCUGGAGUCUUCCAGAGGGCUGUCCAGCUAGAAGUAGCUGGUUAGCUGUGAAUAUUAGAGGGACGAAUCCGAUCGCAAUGUCCGGACCGUCAUCGGGCUGCGGCUUUCUGAUGUCGGUUGUUGUUCACGGAGACUCCGCUCUAAACGAGCAAGAAAAAGAGCUCAACCAGAGGCUCAGACGCCUUUACCCGGCCGUCAACGAACAAGAAACUCCGCUCCCCAGAUCCUGGAGCCCGAAGGACAAAUUCAGCUAUAUCGGCCUUUCACAGAACAACCUACGGGUGCAUUAUAAAGGGCAUGGAAAGACACCUAAGGACGCUGCAUCUGUUCGUGCGACUCACCCUAUUCCAGCUGCCUGUGGUGUCUAUUACUUUGAGGUGAAAAUCAUCAGUAAAGGACGAGAUGGGUACAUGGGGAUUGGUCUGUCUGCCCAGGGUGUCAAUAUGAACAGACUUCCAGGCUGGGACAAGCACUCGUAUGGCUAUCAUGGAGAUGACGGGCACAGUUUCUGCUCUUCAGGCACAGGGCAACCGUACGGCCCUACGUUCACCACAGGUGACGUCGUUGGCUGCUGCGUCAACCUUAUCAACAACACCUGCUUUUACACAAAGAACGGACACAGUCUAGGUAUAGCUUUUACAGAUUUACCACCCAACCUGUACCCGACGGUGGGUCUUCAGACCCCAGGAGAGGUGGUGGACGCAAAUUUUGGGCAGCAUCCAUUUGUAUUUGACAUAGAGGACUACAUGCGUGAGUGGAGAACCAAGAUCCAGGCUCAGAUUGAGCGUUGUCCUAUUGGCGAGCGAGAGGGCGAGUGGCAGGCAAUGAUUCAGAAAAUGGUGGCCUCUUACUUGGUCCAUCAUAGUUACUGUGCCACGGCUGAAGCUUUCGCCAAGUCCACCGACCAGGCCGUGCACGAGGAGCUUGCUUCAAUCAAAAACAGACAGAAAAUCCAGAAGCUGGUUCUGUCUGGUCGAAUGGGGGAGGCCAUCGAGACCACUCAGCAGCUCUACCCUAGUCUGCUCGAAAGGAACCCUGAUCUGUUAUUCAUGCUAAAAGUGAGACAGUUCAUUGAAAUGGUGAAUGGCACUGACAGUGAGGUACGCUGUCUCGGUGGGCGGAGUCCUAAGUCCCAGGAUAGCUACCCUGGUUCUCCCCGCCUUUUCAGUAGCCCCACCCACAAAGCCACUGGCUCUCAGGCUUACCAGUCAGGUUUUGAAAGUAACUGCUGUAAUGGAGUGUCAUCCAGUAAAGCUCACUCCUCAGCACACAGCCACAAACCAUGUCCCGUAACCACAAGCAGCAGUGAGCUGGGAGUUCUGAACGGCAGCCGCACACAGCAGUCCAGCAUAAGUAAUGAUGUAGACAUGGAGGUGGACCACAUCUCUAACGGAGUGUCCGAGUCCUCCUCGAACGGCUUCUUGAAUGGGAGCACAACGCACUCGGCAGACAUCGAGGACUGCGAAGGGGAAAUGGUAGAGUCGGCUCAGUCCAAGAGGCAGCUCUGCGGGGGGAGCCAGGCCGCCAUUGAGAGGAUGAUCCAUUUUGGCAGAGAGCUGCAGAGCAUGAGCGAACACCUUCGCCGUGAACAUGGCAAAAACUCAGCCAACAAAAAGAUGCUUAAGGAUGCUUUUAGUUUGUUGGCAUACUCAGAUCCUUGGAACAGUCCUGUGGGCUACCAGUUGGACUCCAUCCAGAGAGAGCCAGUCUGCUCCACACUCAACAGUGCAAUAUUAGAGACUCAUAACCUGCCCAAGCAGCCCCCUCUGGCUCAGGCCGUGGGUCAGGCGACUCAAUGUCUGGCACUUAUGGCUCGCACAGGCAUCGGCUCCUGCGCUUUCGCUUCAGUGGACGAUUACCUGCACUAGCCCAUAGAGAAGAAGUAACCCUUUACAAAUGGUCAUGCAGCACAAUCUGCAUCACCUUGACUCAACCUGGUCUCCAGAAACAUCGGGCCCGUCUCUAAUCGCGACCCGGAGCGCCUCAUAAGCCGGACCAUUCCAAAUCCUGACUCUCGCUCUCCUCUAAGAGACUGGAUCCUAUUUCCUGCAGGGCAUCUCGAGUCUGUAGGACAACAUUUCGAAGGAUCCCCCGAACCAAACCAAUUCCUGAACCAUCACACCUUUUUGAUUUUGAUUUUUAAUUUGGGAUAGGGGAGGGGUGUGUGUGUGUGUGUGUGUGUGUGUGUGUGUGUUGCAGGCUCCGAUUGUUUGUUUCCUAGUUUGAGGCAUGAGACAAAUUUAUUCUGAUUCUAAUCAAUGUUAUAAUUAAACUUGCAUAUAAGAUUCUAUUUGUUCUCGAUUGAAAGCUGGCUAAAGUGAGCACCAAGGCCCCCCCACCCUCUUUACAGUUAACACCUAGCUGUUUUUUUAAGGUGUCUGCUUGUGUAUUUGUUACACCCCCACUUCACUCCUACACCUAUUUUUAUUUUUUUUUUGAAAGCUAUAUUAACAUGCAGAGUGGAAUAUUUUAGUUAUCUAAAGAAAAAAAAAAUGCAGUCCAACAAAUCUGGACUCCUUCUUAGUGGUGGUAUUUAGUAUAGAGAGUUAGUGUGAGCUGUAUUUUGAGUUAAGCCCUUCUUUGUGCAAGCGUGCCCUCCCUCUGCAGAGUCUGCACAGCAGGUUUGAUUCACGUUUGGACACUUGGACUUGUAACCGUGUGGAUGUCUACGGGUGUCCUGAAGUCUGUCUCCGAACUGUUUUCAUCCAGGCUGACGCUCAACACACUCACGUUUCUGUACAGUGCAGCUCUCUGAAAUAUGCCUAGGCUUGUAUUUAUCGAUCGGCCCCCUAGUUUUGGAUAAACCUCCAUUGUGCAUAGUAACAAAAACAUUUGAAGAUUGAAAGGAAAAAAAAAACUGUUUAUUGCUCAUUGCUUGAUAUAUACAAGCCCUGGCUAAAAUUAGGAAAGCCUGUUCCUGGUUUUCUCCUGUGUUUCACCAGCCAGCCCUUAUUGACCAUCACUACGUUACAAAAGCAAGGAGAAUGAUACAGUAUUGUCAACAGCACUGUCUUAUCAUUUUCAGUAAUAAAAUACAAAUACCCAGGUGGACAAGA